AUGUCCCAACCUGACUGGCAGACGAUCGUCUCUGAGAAGCGGGCGACCCUCGCUGUGAAGAUUCCUGAGGCCUGGCGUCUAACGUCUAUCACAUCGGCCACCGAGCUUCGCAACUGUGUUGACUUCCCUCGCCAGUACAUGAACGAGCGGUCGUAUGCUAUCACUGAGAUCACAGACAUCAUACUUCUCCUAAACAAGAUUGCGGUUGGCCAAUACACGUCGUACGAAGUUACUGAGGCCUUCUGUCAUCGCGCUGCGAUCGCUCAGCAACUGGUCAACUGUCUUACUGAGAUCAUGUUUGAAGAAGCUCUGCAACGCGCCAAGGAGCUAGACGAGUAUCUGCGCAUCAACAAGAAGACAGUCGGACCUCUGCACGGCCUGCCCAUAUCGCUCAAGGACUCGUUUCGCGUAAGGGGGACGAGCUCAGCCAUCGGGCUCGUCUCGUUUCUGGACGUCUUGGACACAGCUGGAUCAGAGUCGCUCAUCGUGAAAGAGCUUCGCGAGCUCGGGGCUAUCAUCUACGUGAAGACGACUACGCCCACUGCGGUCUCUCACAUUGACUGCCACAAUAACAUUACGGGUCAGACGCUCAGCCCUGUAAAUAGACUCAUGUCGUCUGCAGGCUCUUCCGGCGGCGAGGGUGCUCUGAGUGCCAUGCACGGAAGCAUACUCGGUCUUUCGACUGACAUUGGUGGAUCAAGCCGCGUCCCUGCUGCUGUCAACGGCGUGUAUGGGCUUCGCACGUCCAUCGGCCGCCUUCCGUACCUCGGAGUCAGGGACCUAAUCGUCGGUAACCUCGCGCGCCCUUUCACCGUUGGACCUAUGAGCGCAAACCUAUCGAACCUCGACCUCCUUAUGCGGGUCAUUCUCACUCGCAAGCCCUGGCUACAUGAUCCCAAAGUCGUCGAGCUACCAUGGCGAACCGGGUCCUAUAAUGAGGUCGUGGAUCGAGGCCGCGCGGGAGGAUUAGUCUUCGGUAUCUUGAUGUCUGAUGGCGUUGUUACACCUCAACCUCCAGUAUCGCGGGCUCUGAGAGAGCUUAAGGAGCGCCUUGAGGAUGCAGGACAUGAGGUUAUCCCUUGGGAUCCUCCUUCUCAUGCUGAAGCAGCAAAGAUCUCGACCAUUAUCUUCACCGCAGACGGCGGGAAAACCAUUCACAAAGCGCUCGCUUCAGCAGGUGAACCUCCGAACCAACUCGUUAAGGAUUACUUCGGAGAGGCGCCGCGCCCGGAACUCUCGGCUUCCGAGCUGUUUGCCGCGAAUGAAAGCCAAUAUCAGUACCAAGCAGCAUACGCAAAGUACUGGAACGGGACAGCAAAGAUCACAAAGUCCGGUCGCGCAGUGGACUUCGUUCUACUCCCUGCUUUUCCUGCACCAUGUUUCCGGCCAGGUCAAUCUGGUGUCUACACUGGGUACACGGGUGUUGCAAACUGCCUAGACUACACAGCCGCUGUUCUGCCAGUCACACGCGUCGACAAGAUCAUCGAUCUCCCCGACCCAUCCUUCGUCGCUCUGAAUAAACGCGACCAAAUCGUUCAGUCUUUUUAUGACCCGGAGGACUUUCAUGGCUCGCCCAUUGCGAUUCAAAUCAUGGGGCGCCGGCUACAAGAGGAGCAGGUGCUUGCGGCUGCGAGGGUGAUUGAUGAGCUCGUCCGUUCUAGGUCUGGCACAACAAGCCUUUUGUGA